AUGGAAUCAAAGCACCAAGAAAAUGGAAUGAUGAGUUCACAGAGGUUCGAGAAUCCGGAAGCCGCCAUGUUUUCUGUUUUCAAGCUUACUGUUCUGUUCCUCAUCGCCAGAAUUGGAUCAGUAGCCUCACAAGGUGAACAAGUUAGUUUCACCUACAAUGGUUUCACAGGAAGUAACCUGAAGCUGGACGGCCUAGCCCAGAUCACAUCCAAAGGCCUUCUUCUGCUGACCAACACCACCAGGCAACAGAAAGGCCAUGCUUUCUACAAUGAUCCUAUUCACUUCCUUUACCCUUCCUCUUCCUCUUCCUCUUCCGGUGCCACCUCUGUUUUUUCCUUUUCUACCACUUUUGUCUUUGCCAUCAUUCCCCCAUAUCCCGAUUUGAGUGGUCAUGGGAUCGCCUUUGUCAUUGCACCCACAAAAGGCCUUCCUGGUGCUCUUCCAAGCCAAUAUCUUGGCCUCUUCAAUGAGUCCAACGUGGGUAAUUCAACCAAUCAUGUUUUCGCAGUCGAGCUCGACACCAUACAGAGCAAGGAGUUCAAUGAUAUCAACGACAACCAUGUCGGUAUCGACAUCAAUGGAUUGACCUCUGUGGCUUCAAUUCCGGUAACCUAUUUGGAUAAGAACGGUCGGUCUGAGAACCUCAGCCUCUUCAGUGGCCACGCCAUGCAAGUCUGGGUGAAUUACGAUGGUGUCCACAAGUAUCUCAAUGUAUCAAUAGCUCCAAUCGGUGAUCCUAAACCUGCUCCCCUUUUAUCACGGUCUCUCGAUCUUUUUCCGGUUAUGAAGGAGACCAUGUUCGUCGGUUUCUCAUCUGCUACCGGUUCCGUUCUCACAUCCCACUGUGUGUUGGGAUGGAGUUUCAAGGUGAACGGACAAGCAGAAGACCUUAAUCUCUCCCAACUUCCCAAACUUCCCAAAAGAGGACCCAAGAAGAGAUCACCCCUGAUGACCAUCGGACUACCUGUAAUUGCCGUUGUUUUAGUGUUGGUGUCGGUAUUUGGGAUCCAGUCUAUAGUGAAACGGAAGAGAAAAUUUGCAGAAGUGCUUGAAGAAUGGGAACUCGAUUAUGGACCUCAUAGGUUCAAGUAUAAAGAUCUGUAUAUGGCGACUAAUGGGUUUAAGCAGAAGGAGCUUCUGGGUAUUGGUGGGUUUGGUAGGGUUUAUAGAGGUGUGUUACCCAGCUCCAAAAUUGAAGUUGCAGUGAAGAAAGUCUCACAUGAAUCAAGACAAGGGAUGAAAGAAUUUGUUGCUGAGAUCGUUAGCAUCGGUCAAUUACGACAUCGGAAUCUAGUAACCCUCUUGGGGUAUUGCCGGCGUAAAGGAGAACUUCUCUUGGUAUACGAAUUCAUGCCUAAUGGAAGCCUAGACAAGUACCUCUUCGAUCCAUUCAUGCCGGUGCUGGAUUGGGUUCAGAGGUUUCGAAUUAUUCGAGGUGUAGCAUCUGCACUGUUUUAUCUACAUGAAGAAUGGGAGCAGGUUGUGAUUCACAGAGAUGUAAAGUCCAGUAAUGUUCUAUUGGAUGGGGAAAUGAAUGCAAGAUUAGGAGAUUUUGGACUUGCAAGAUUGUAUGAUCAUGGAUCUGAUCCUCAAACAACACAUAUAGUUGGAACGCUGGGUUAUCUUGCCCCAGAACUUUCAAGAACCGGCAAGGCCAACCCUAGCACAGAUGUGUUUGCAUUUGGGGCUUUUAUAUUGGAAGUUGCUUGUGGGAGAAGGCCAAUAGAACCCAUAGCAUCAGCAGAGGAUCUGGUGUUAGUGGAUAGGGUUUUCUCUUGCUGGAGCAGAGGUAUGGUUCUUGACACUGUGGAUCCAAAAUUGGGAAUUAAUUAUGCAGCGAAGGAAAUGGAGCUUGUGUUGGAGCUUGGAUUGCUCUGUUCUAAUUGCAUUCCAACAGGAAGGCCAACUAUGAGACAAGUAGUGCAGUAUUUGGAGGGAGAACUUCCUCUACCAGAGUUGUCAACUCUUAGUCUGAAUGUUGGUGGCGUAACAUAUGUAGGUAGCGAUCAAGGCUUUGAUGAUUUUGCCAUGUCGUAUCCUUCUUCUCUGGGGAAGAGAAGUACUCAAUCAACAUCAGUUUCAGAAUCGAUACUCUCUGGAGGACGUUGA